AUGGCUGCACCGGUGAUAGAGAAGAAACGGUUCUUCUGUCGCGAAUGGGCGUUCACAAAGCUGUCCCAUUGCUUGGAACAGAGGCCAGCUUCGAAGACGUGCGGCGUUUUGGUCGUCGGCGGUCCAGGAAGUGGGAAGACCGCGUUCAGCGCGGAAUUGGCCUGGCCGUCGGCCGGUGCCAACGCUAGACAUCAGAGAUCGUUGAAUAGGAGAUUAUUGGCCAGGCAUUUCUGUCAGGCUAGGAGCGAGGCUUCCUUGUCACCGGCUCAGUUUGUCAGGUCUCUGGUCGCUCAGCUUCUGCAACCUGGUUCAGAUGGGAUUCACAGAGUGGCCUCGAGCUCCCCAAUACCAGGCAGCACAACGGCUGCCAACGCCACGACAGUGCCGUUAACAUCGAGGGAAAUGGUGGCAGAAGCCUACGCUGAGAAGCUUCGAACCGAUCCAGAGAUACAAGCCGCUCUGCAGCCGGACGUCCUCGAUAGAGACCCCGACGAUGCUUUGAAGAAAGCGUUGCUGUUCCCUCUGUUGGAGUUAGAGCCACCGAAAUGCUGUCUGUUCCUGUUAGUCGACUCGAUCGACGAGGGACAGACGCUGGAUCUCCCUCAAACUGGCACCAGAGACUCGAGAAGGGAAAACGAUAACGUCAGCAGGACCAUCGCUGAAUUAUUGGCCAAUCAUCAUCAUCUGUUCCCUCAGUGGUUGCUUCUAGUUUGUACUGCACGACGCCAGAGCAAACCAAUCUCGCGAAUGUUCAGCGGCUUCCGGAAGAUCCCCUUGGAUGAUCUAAGGAAAUCUUUGGUUGUGAGAGACAUUCAGCAAUACAUCCUUGCACGAUUGGAUCAAGAAGAUGCUCUCAGGCAGCACAUCUCGCGCGACACAGCCGAGAUGCUAAACCAGCUGCACAUCAAGAGCAACGGCUGUUUCCUCUACCUAGAGAAAGUUCUCGACGGAGUGGCCGAGAACUUCAUCGUUCUAAGGGAGGUUCGCGAGAUACCAGGCACCCUGAACGGUCUCUACCUGUGGCUGUGUCAAAGGCUCUUCAGCCGAAAGCAAUUUGCCAAAGUUCAACCUCUACUGAACGUGAUCCUAGCCGCGAAGCUACCAAUCACCCAGGAGAUACUCUACAAAUGCGUGAAAACCGCGUGCGCCAACAUCACGAUAGAAGACUUCAAUCGACGUUUGCACCUUCUACGCAGGGUCAUCUCCGUUUCUCGUGCAGGUGCACUGAUGCUGUUCCAUCACAGUUUCGCUGAAUGGUUGCUGGAUGUGAAACACUGUACGCAGAAGUAUCUCUGCUCCGCUGUAGAGGGUCACGCGAUGCUGGCCGCGUAUUACACCCUUCGUGGACCGGAAUUGAACGCCGAUGAAAUCUGCGUGCUUGGCCAACACCUACAACGGGCGAUAACUAGCGUCGCCACCACAAAUUGUAACCUGGACGUGCACACGCUUCAAGUGCUCUGGAUGAUAAGCAGCGGAGCACCGAUAGAGGAUUGCUACCUGGAUAGCUCGGAGUGUAUACUCUGGCCCAGGCAGGAAGUGAAGCUGCUGAAAUUGUUGAUCGACGCCGGCGCCAAACCCUCCGAGAAGGUCGUCGAAGACGACGCCAGCAAGGAUGCUGUCUCUUCUAGUCAAGUCUCGCAAGACGUAAGCCCUAUGGAUGAAUCUCCCAGCGAACCAUUAACGGAACUGCUCGGCGAAAGCGGGGACAUCAAUCAAGCUGAUUCUUGCGGACGAACAGUGCUGCACACGCUUGCUGCAGAUGGUAAUGCAUCUCUGCUGGAGCUGGCUCUGGCGACGUGUCCUCAGGCAAAAUUGGAAAGCACCGAUCGUCACGGUCAAACACCUUUAAACCUGGCAGCGAGACACGGCUAUGGAGACGUGGUGCGAGUUCUGUUAGCUGCAGGGGCUUGCGCGGAUCACGCUGACUGCGAUGGAUGGACAGCUCUCAGGGCUGCUGCCUGGGGUGGACAUACCCAGGUAGUCGAAAUGCUGCUGGAGCACGGGGCAAUGGUGGAUUGCGCCGAUUGGGAUCAACGAACAGCGCUCAGGGCAGCCGCAUGGGGUGGCCACGAGGACAUCGUUAAAGCACUUUUGCAACACGGCGCCGACGUCAACAGAACCGAUGACGAGGGUAGAACCGCCUUAAUUGCCGCUGCCUACAUGGGUCACAGCGAGAUCGUCGAACACCUUCUAGACUUUGGCGCGGAGAUCGAUCACGCUGAUAACGACGGAAGGACUGCCCUCAGCGUAGCUGCCCUCUGUGUACCCUCCAAUCAUGGCUAUGCAAAAGUGGUCACGAUCCUCUUGGAGAGAGGAGCUGCAGUCGAUCAUCAGGAUAAGGAUGGUAUGACACCGUUGUUAGUGGCCGCGUUCGAGGGACACAGAGACGUUUGCGAGUUGCUGCUGGAAUACGAGGCUGAUGUGGAUCAUUGCGAUGCUACCGGGCGUACACCUUUGUGGGCAGCUGCCAGCAUGGGUCAUGGAUCAGUGGUCGCUCUUCUCUUAUUCUGGGGAUGUUACGUUGACAGCAUUGAUAACGAGGGCAGGACCGUUUUGAGCGUGGCUGCUGCCCAAGGUGGCACCGACGUAGUGAAACAAUUGUUGGACAGAGGCUUGGACGAACAACACAGGGACAAUUCAGGAUGGACGCCGUUACAUUACGCGGCAUUCGAAGGUCACAUCGAUGUUUGUGAAGCACUGUUGGAAGCCGGAGCAAAAAUUGACGAGACUGACAACGAUGGAAAAGGUGCUCUGAUGCUAGCCGCGCAAGAAGGACACGCCGCGUUGGUUGAAAGGCUCCUGGAACAGCAUAGAGCGCCAAUCGAUCAACAUGCUCACGAUGGAAAGACUGCUCUUAGACUCGCAGCUUUGGAGGGGCAUUACGACACCGUCAGAGUACUAUUGACUCACAAUGCAGACGUGAAUGCAAAAGACGCUGAUGGAAGAAGCACUCUUUAUAUUCUUGCCCUAGAGAAUAGACUGGCGAUGGCCCGAUUCUUAUUGGAGCAUGCUCGCGCUGAUGUGGAAAGUAGGGAUUCAGAAGGUCGAACACCGCUGCAUGUGAGUGCUUGGCAAGGACACGUCGAAAUGGUAGCCCUGUUGCUAACAGAAGGCAGUGCCAGCGUGAACGCCUGCGACAACGAGAACAGAACUCCUUUACACUCUGCUGCCUGGCAAGGUCAUGCAGCCAUUGUUAGAUUGCUCUUAGAACAUGGAGCAACCCCUGACCAUACUUGCAAUCAAGGUGCAACAGCUCUGGGUAUCGCUGCACAAGAGGGUCAUGAACAUUGUGUUCGAGCACUCUUAAACCACGGUGCUGAUCCCAGUCAUUCUGAUCACUGUGGUCGAAAUGCUAUCAAAGUAGCCGCCAAAAGUGGCCACGAUACUGUGGUUAGACUACUCGAGGAACAUUCGGCUAAUCAACGAAGUCUGAGGCCUGGUAUCAACGGAGGUGGAAGUAGUACUGCUACGUCAGUAACAUCAAACUCCACAGCUGAAACGAAACCAUCGUCUGCAAUUUUGAACCCUCUGUCAACACAGUACAGUCCAGCAGAGUCACCAGACUCGACGAAAAGAAGAAGCUGCGUGUCUCUGGGCAAUAACUCUAGCAACAGCAAGUCCAGCAGUAAUUUGACCGGCAGCACGAAGAGCGAUCAGGGGAAAUUCAAUCAGAAUUCGAUGGUGAAUCAGGUAAUAAAAACACCAUUAUCUUUCACGCAACAACUGCAACAAUGCACGAGAGGAGCGAAGAGCCGACCACUCAGCAAACUUUUGUCGCCUCUGAAAAGCGAACCGCAGAGUCCCAUCUACGCUUCGCCGCCUCACUCGCCGUUAAGCGACAGCCUGAUACCUUAUUCACCGACGAAUACGAGUCCACCUAGUGCCCAGACCGCGGCGAACGUGAUACAAAGUCAGCUCGGUGUGUCGUUAUUGACCGGAAACCAGAAUAUGUCAUACAAAACGCAAAUCGGAGAGUAUAAUCACACAUCGGCCAUUUACGAACCGAUCAACAUAAAGACCGAGAUUAUCGACAAAAAUGACAUUAGCAAGCCGUUUGAAUUAACUAACGAGAUGUUAGGUUUAAGCGUGACAAAGGACAAGAAAAAUGGGCUUGAUGAGAAAAGAAACUCGGCCGAUACUCAUUUCACUAGGGACACUCAUAUGAGGAUAAUAUUGGGGAACAGUGGUGCUGGUGUUGGCAGAAGCGUGAAACAUACCUCUGACCACACACCUGCCAGUGCAAGCAAUGCAAAACCAAAGCGCAAUGGCUUGGUCUCCAACCCAGCCAUGAGAUUAGUAGCAGGUGUUAGAAAUGGAAUUGAAAAUGCAACUAAUAGAAAUAAGCCUAUCACAACGCGAGUUAAUGGAUUUCAGUGGAAGGCCGAGGCACGAAAGGAAACACCUUUGUAGGGACAGGUUGUGUUGUCAGAAACACCUCAGCAGGAUACCGGAAUCCGUUAUUGCGGCUGGCGAAUCGUAAUCACCA